AUGUUCAGAAAUAACUACGACAACGACGCUGUCACCUUUUCCCCGCAAGGCCGGAUAUUCCAGGUGGAAUAUGCACAGGAAGCUGUGAAGCAAGGAUCUGUUGUGGUAGGACUGGUGAACAAAACACAUGCCGUUCUUGUUGGACUCAAGCGAAAUGCCGAAGAACUUUCCUCCUAUCAGAAGAAGAUCAUCGAGAUAGACUCCCACAUGGCGAUUGCGAUUGCCGGCCUGGCAUCAGACGCCCGCGUCCUUUCCAACUUCAUGAAGCAGCAGUCACUCGGUUCCAAGAUGACUUAUGGCCGCCCAAUUCCCCUCGACCGCAUCGUUACGCAGAUCGGGGACCGCGCGCAAACCAACACCCAGCACUACGGCAAGCGGCCGUACGGAGUCGGCCUGCUCGUGGCCGGUGUGGACGAGGCCGGCCCGCACCUGUUCGAGUUCCAGCCUUCUGGCCUGACUCAUGAAAUGGUGGCUUGUGCCAUCGGCGCCCGCUCGCAAAUGGCGCGCACAUAUCUGGAGCGUAACCUCGAUAAAUUCACCGACUGCAGCCGGGACGAGUUGAUUACACAUGGCCUGCAGGCUCUUAAGGAGACACUUUCGCAGGAUAAGGAACUUACGGUGGAUAAUACUUCUGUUGGUGUCGUUGGGUUGGCUCCCGAGGGUUCGAAGGCUCGGAUCGAGAGCUUCAAAUUGUACGAGGGCCAGGAGACAGUGCCGCUGUUGGAGGCGCUGGAGCGGUCUGAAUCUUCCGGUGCGGCAGAGGGCGAAUCAAUGGAGGUUGAUUCAUAG